UUCCUUCCCUCCUUCCUUGGGCAGAGGCGGAGCCGGCGGGUCCCGCGUCGCGCCGUGCCCGGGCGUGGCCGCCUCCUUCGCUUUCGCCAUGAUGAACAAAUGACCUCGCGGGGAAUGAAAUUUAAAUUCCACAGAGGAGAGAGAGUGCUCUGCUUCGAGCCGGACCCCACCAAGGCCAAGGUGCUUUAUGAUGCCAAGGUUGUUGACAUUAUUAUUGGAAAGGAUGAUAAAGGAAGAAAGAUUCCAGAAUAUCUGAUCCAUUUUAAUGGUUGGAACAGAAGCUGGGACAGAUGGGCAGCUGAAGAUCAUGUUCUUCGUGACACUGAUGAGAACCGCAGAUUACAGCGUAAAUUGGCAAGGAAAGCAGUAGCUCGCAUGAGAAGAAAAGGAAAAAAGGGGCGUCGGAGGUUGCCUGGUGUUGAUUCUGUAUUGAAAAUCCUCCCCGCUGAAGAAAAUGAGAAGACCAGUGUGAAGUCUGUAAGUAGUAGUUCUUCUGAUGGCAGUGAUGAAGACACAGAUGAAGAAAUAAGGAGUGAAGAAAGUGAUACUGAUUCGAAGACAGAAAUGAAAGACGAGCAAGAGACUCAUACCAAAAGGGACAUGGAAGAAAGAGCAAUAAAUAUAGAAAUUCCUGAUAUAUUAAAAAAGAAGCUUGAAGAAGAUUGUUACUAUAUUAACCGAAGAAAGCGGCUGGUGAAACUGCCAUGUCAGACAAACAUAAUAACCAUUUUGGAAUCCUAUGUGAAGCAUUUUGCCAUUAAUGCAGCUUUUUCAGCCAAUGAAAGAUCACGGCAUCACCAAAUGGCGUCACACACCAACGUGAAUGUUCACUACAUCCCGCCAGAAAAGAAUGUUGAAUUAUGUAAAGAAAUGGUGGAUGGACUAAGAAUAACUUUUGACUUCACACUUCCAUUGAUUCUAUUGUAUCCUUAUGAACAAGCACAGUUUAAGAAGGUGACAUCUUCCAAAUAUUUUCUUCCCAUCAAAGAGAAUGUAGCAAAUUCCAACAGAAAUCAAGAAGAGCUUUCCCCAAGCCCACCUCUUCUGAAUCCAUCAACUCCACAGUCCACAGAUAGUCAGCCUAUGACAGUAGAACCUGUAACGCCUAAACGGCGAAAAACCGAGCCUGAAAUACUGCAUUCUCUAAGACGAUCUACUCGUCACACAUCCAACAGUGAUAGAUUGUCAGAAAGUAGUGCUUCUCCACAACCAAAACGACGGAAUAUUGAUGCUCCUGCUUCAAUGCCAAAAUUGUUUUUGCAUCUUGAAAAGAAAACCCCUGUCCAUAGUGGAUCUUCAUCGCCUAUUACAUUGACUCCUAGUAGAGAGGGUAGUGCAGUGUUUGCCGGCUUUGAGGGAAGACGGAACAAUGAAUUAAAUGAGGUUUUAUCAUGGAAACUUAUGCCAGAAAAUUAUCCCCCCGAGGAUCAGCCUCCACCACCUUCUUACAUUUAUGGGUCUCAGCAUUUACUACGGAUGUUUGUAAAGCUCCCAGAAAUACUUGGAAAGAUGAGCUUUUCUGACAAAAACUUAAAAGUACUAGUAAAACAUUUUGAAUUGUUUCUAAGGUUCUUAGCAGAAUACCAUGAUGACUUUUUCCCAGAAAUUGCUUACGUCGCAGCCUGCGAGGCCUACUACAGCACAAAGAAUCCACACGCCAUCUAUUGAAAUUGUGGGUGCAGUAAAUUGUACAUAUUCUAUGGUUGCUUCUUUGUUGCUCUGCUUCAAGAUCAGGAGGCGUUGAAAUGUAUCACUUCACCAGCAUUGUCAUUCAUUUGACAAAAGAAAACCAGAUUUCAUUUCAGAGAGUGCUGACAUUGCUUUCCAGUGCUACACAUCCUUCACUGUUAAACAAAGUACUGCACUGUCUUCUGAUGCAUAGAACUGUGUGUGAAUAAAGUAAAAGGAAUUAGGUGCAUUAGAAACAGACUUCAUGAGAAAUAACCAUCCAGUGUUCCACUUUAACAUGAGCUUUCUUCAACAUGGACUCUCAGCACAUUGCCUGUAUCUAAUGCAGGAGUGGCAUUCUACAAGUUCUCAUUUGGGAUUCAUACUUCAUUACAUAAAGCUAUUGCGACAAAUGGAUUUUCACAGAAGAAUUAGCAACUGGUGUUUUAGUAAGGUUUCAGCUUCAGGAUUCCUUGUGGGAAGGGUGACCUAGUGUUGGUUUGCUUUUUCCCACAGUAGGUGUGUGUUUAGCAGUGUCUGAAUAGGAUUUGACUGUUAAUUCAUCUCUUACGUGAUUCCAAUUGCUUUGGAGGGUUUUGAAAGCAAUUGUUUAGAACAGGAUGUACUUGUUGGCUUGAGAAUGUCAAAAUGAACAUUCUUUGCCAAAAAUGUAGCAAGAGGUCUCAGCACAAACAAAUGACUGUUUACUGAACUGAUGAGAUAUAGAUUGCCUUUUAUUUGGGCUGGUUUGGGCUACUUUGUGUGUAGAAGUAUAGACAUAAGUAUGCCUACUGUUUUAGUUAAUACCAUGGUAGCUCUGAUGUGUAAAUUAAAUAACUUAUAGUUAUGUACUUUUGUGGCGGUAAAAUAAUUUGAUUAAUACAAGGAUUGCUUUAAAAAUACUUGGUAUAUGAGCAUGAACAACAACACUGUUACUUACAUACAUUGAUUCCAUAGUAGCACUAAUCCCCUUCCCUUUUUUAAUAGGGCAUCUAAUGGUCAUCUCAGCCUAUAAAUGAAACAAUUUAUAUGCUGUUGAAGGCUUUCAUGGCCGGAAUUACUGGGUUGCUGUGAGUUUUCCGGGCUAUAUGGCCAUGUUCCAGAAGCAUUCUCAGGAGAGCCCGGAAUAGAGCCCAGAAAACUCACAGCAACCCAAUUAAUUUAUACAGAAACACCAGAAUACUUAAUUUCAUAGAAAUUCAUUUUUAUAGUAGUUCUGAUUGGAUUACAAUUUAAUGUUAAAAUCUAUCCUCCCCUCACCACAGUGAAACUUUCACUUUUAAAACUCACAGUCCAUAGUAGGAGUUCAACUAACAACUGUUUAGAGGCUGGGGGGAGGGCCUUCAAGAGUUGCCCCAUGUCCACUCUUAGUAUAUAUAUCUUUAUAAGUGUCACAGGACUUGUGAACAUAUGGAGAAAAAUAUCUCAGUUGCGGCUCACACGAGUGGCCAUAGUAGUGUAUCUUUAGGGGUUGAGUAUCAAGAGAGAAAUAUGGGAGUCCAUUAUAUAGUACGGCAAGUCCCUUGUAUUAGUAGAUUUUACAUAUUUGGUACUAACUCUGGGAGUGAAUACAUUGCUUCAAUCAAUUUUUUUUCUGACCACAGUUUCUAAAACCAUUUAGAAUUGGUCUUAGAUUUGAAGCUUUGAAAUGAGUUGUUAACUUAGGUAUAAAAUACCAAUUUGUGCAGAAUGGUUAAAUAUUUAUAAGUUACUUAAUAUAGCAGAAUAAGGAUGAAUCCUAAUUCUUAAAUUCUUCAGUUGUAUUUCAACACAUUUUGUGUCAUGUACUGUUUUGUUCCAUUCAAACAAUGCAUAGAAAUAAAAAGGGCUGGUAGUUGCACUGAAACAUUUUUGUAUGAAUGAAUUGUAAAUAAAGCUGGCAUGUUUGGAACAGUU